AUGAUAGAUGUAGAUAAAUAACAAAUAGUAUAAAGCUUUAAUUCAGAAAACAAACCUUACAUUAGUUUUCCUCUGAGUUAAUCUUAUAAUAUCAUUUAUCAAAAUAAAUAAAACUAUGAUGCUUAUUUUAUUGAUAAAAAUACUUCUAAAGUUUUAAAACUUAAUUUAAUAUCAUAAGAAGUAAAUUAAUUUGAAGUUAAUGUGAACGUAGAUUAAAUUUAUAUUGAUGAUUUGCUAAGUGCAGCAAUAUUCACAACAUAAAAAAGCUAAAUAUAUGAUUUAAAUAUUAUUUAUCUUACAUAAAGCAGACCUUUUUAAAAAAUAUUCUCGUAUGAUAAAAUUUUGAAUUUUUAAGUUUGCAAGAACUAACAAAGAGCCAUAAUUUAGACUAGUUUCACUAAUAUUUAUAUUGUAGAUUAUGUAAAUAAUCUCUAGCAAAAAAUAGAACUCUAAGUAAAUACACUAUAAAAUUUAGCUCAAUAUAAAAUCUUAUGCGAAGACAAUUUAAUGAUUUAAUAUACUCCAUUUAUUGUAGAAUAUUUAAUUAAAGAAUCUAUUAAAAAACCUAUCCAGUAUUAUGUAAAAUUAAAAAUAAUCUUAUUUAAAAAUUUAUUAAUCUUUGAUUUAAAAAGGCUUAAUAUAUUGAUAAAUUCUCGAUGA